AUGUGCGUGCACGGUCGGGACUCCAGCAGUUUCCGUCGUCGGAAUCUGAAGGCAUCUGAGACCGCCACGGCCAUCGCCACCGCGGUGGCUUCCGGCGACACCGCCGCAGCUGCGGAAGCCAUCGCGACGGCCCUCGGCGAGGGUUCCGGGGCCGAGAUCCCUCCAGCCCAGAUCACCGAUCCCAAUGCCAUCGUCGCGGCGCUGCAAGGCAAGGCACAGUCCAGCCCUUCCAUGACUAUCAAUCCCUCGGCUCCUGACGUCACAGAGCUCAAGGAGUCCAUUGCCUCUGCCCUUGCCAUGGCUGUGGCGGAUGUUUGCCACAUCAAGAGUCUAUGCUGA